UGCAUCUCAUUCCAACGAUGAGGUCAGGACGGUCACUGUCCUCGAUUCCCUUUUUUUUUUUUCUUUUCUCUUUUUCUUUUCUUUCCUUUUUCUUUGAAGAGGGUGCUUGGUUUGUUGUUUGCUUGCUUUGAUGCAGCAGCUGUGCGAUUCAAUGUGUCCAACUUCUCUCUGGCGGUCUCUGGAAUGACGAGCCACUGUUAGGGAGGCUUUCCCCUCCGGAAAGGUUAGCCAUCAAAGAAUGCGUCCGUUUUCCUAUCACGAAGAGCCAACUUGUUCAGGAGAAGGGGAAAGAUCAGGAAACACACCUGGGCUCCACGGCACUGUCUCGUCACCGAUGGAGACCCUGACGUCUCGCUCACCUGAUGUUUUUCUCCGGCAGCCCCGCCGCAGGCCGAUCCGGGAGGUGGCGGCUUCGUUCGGCACGGGGCGGACAUCACCAUGCCCCUCCUGAUACACCUGCUGGUCUGCACCUUCGGGCUGGGCUCCUGGGUGGCCAUCAACGGGCUCUGGGUCGAGCUGCCCCUGCUGGUGACGGAGCUGCCCGAGGGGUGGUAUCUCCCCUCCUACCUCACGGUGAUCAUCCAGCUGGCCAACAUCGGCCCCCUCCUGGUCACCCUGCUCCAUCACUUCCAGCCUGGCUGCCUCUCAGAGGUGCCCAUCAUCUUUACCGUGCUGGGCGUGGGCACCGUCACCUGCACCCUCUUCGCCUUCCUCUGGAAUGUCACUCCCUGGGUGCUGGACGGCCCCCACAGCAUCGCCUUCAUGGUCCUCACCUUCUUCCUGGCCCUGGUGGACUGCACCUCGUCGGUCACCUUCCUGCCCUUCAUGAGCCGGCUGCCCGCCCACUACCUCACCACCUUCUUCGUGGGCGAAGGGCUCAGCGGCCUCCUGCCUGCGCUGGUGGCUCUUGCCCAGGGCUCGGGUCUCACUACCUGUGUCAAUGUCACUAAGCCGUUAGAAACCACCCCAAGCGCCGAGACCACCGGGAAGACUGUCUUCCCCCAGGGAGCUAACAGCACUUUUGCGUCUGACCUUGCCGGGACGGCACAUUCCGCGGUCCAUCUGGAAAGUCGCCACCUGCCGGCCAACUUCUCGCCUUUGGUCUUCUUCCUCCUCCUCUCCUUCAUGAUGGCCUGCUGCCUGGCCGCUUUCUUUGUCCUCCAGCGGCAGCCCAGACCCAGGGAAUCUUCCAUAGAAGACCUCCUCACCUCCCAGGUCACCCUCCACUCCAUCCGGCCACGGGAAGGGGAGGACCUGGGCCCCCCCGGGCCAAGGGACAACAGCAAGGCCCAGGGGCAUCCAGAGGAGAAAACGGCCCCCCACCACCCAGCCCACCUGACCUUCAUCUACAUCCUGGUGGCCUUUGUAAACGCGCUCACCAACGGCGUGCUGCCCUCCGUGCAGACCUACUCCUGCCUGUCCUACGGCCCCAUUGCCUACCACCUGUCCGCCACCCUCAGCUCCAUGGCCAACCCUCUUGCCUGCUUCCUCUCCAUGUUCCUGCCUCACAGGUCUCUGCCAUUCCUGGGCGUCCUCACAGUGCUCGGGACUGGCUUCGGGGCCUACAACAUGGCCAUGGCCGUGAUGAGCCCCUGCCCCCUCAUGCAGGGCCACUGGGGUGGAGAAGUCCUCAUUGUGGCCUCCUGGGUGCUGUUUAUCGGCUGCCUGAGCUACGUCAAGGUGAUGCUGGGCGUGAUCCUGCGCGACCGCAGCCGCAGCGCCCUCUUGUGGUGUGGGGCGGCGGUGCAGCUGGGCUCCCUCCUCGGGGCUGUGCUCAUGUUCCCGCUGGUCAACGUGUUCAGGCUCUUCUCGUCCGCCGACUUCUGCAGCCUGCAGUGCCCCACCUAGGACCCCUGGCGUGGUCCGUUACGUGACCCUGACCCGCUCCCGUUACUAACACUGGAAACCUGGGCAAGGCACGCAGCCCAGGCCACAGGGCAAGGGGCGGGGAGCCGGGGGGCAGAGCCGGAGUCCCUACACAUCCACGCAGACUCCGCUCCGGAGCGGGGGAGAAAGCCACGGGCCUCCCACGGGGCCUGGAAAUGCAAAGCACAGCCCUGCCCCCCAUGCUGGGUCGCGAUGCCUGCAGUUCCUUUUCAGAACUUCCGUGGGCUCUUGAGCCACGGCGGAUUUGCAGCACCCAGCCGGAGGCAGGCUCAGGGGUGUCCGAAGGGGAACCGCAGAGAGGGCGAGCCAGUCCUCACAAGCGGUAUGACGUCACUUAUUUCUCUGUGCCUCAGUUUCCUAAAAUGGGGACCAUGAUAAAUAGCACCUACCUCACAGGCGGAGCACAGGGAUAAAGGGAAGAAGCACCCAGCGUUGGCCAUUUCCUGACCUGACGCCCAAGGGAAGUUAAGUGCACAUCAACACAAUGGAGAAGUGGCCAGGAGGGUUGAGAGACGACCCCUGCCCGGUAUCCUUUUUCCUAUUAUUCUCACAGAGGAGCUUGUAAAAGGACCCCUGGCUAAUGGUGGGAUCUUGGGGCAUCUUGACUCCCCAGUUCCCAAUAUGGAUGGACACUGUGCCCCACAUACCCCUUCCCGUCACCGCUCCUGACUCAAAGAAGUCCGGCUUCCUGGAAAGCAAGUGACCUUCUGGGAGGCAGAGAGAUGGGGGGGGGGGGGGCUAUGCCAAACCUCUCAAGUGAGUCCCAUCCCCUCCCCCAGCCACCAAGGCUGAGAACUGGACCCGAGAACCCUGGGAAGCAGCUCUCUCAGCUGGGGAGGAGUGCAUCAGCUACCCGAUUAUUAUUUUGUUUUCUUUUUUCUUUUUUUAGACAUUCCCUGCUUUUAAACUAAGAUCAGCCCUCUAAAAUCAAUAUAAUCAGUUUUCAGUUCUAAGGUCAAGGCUAAGCUCAGAAACGAACAGAAUCAAAGGCUUAGAGAAUGUCCGGUCCUGGGACUUCUUUCCUUCAGUGGUUUGCUUGCUUGCCACCCGCCCUCCCUUUAAUUUAUUUUGAAUAGAUAAUAUAGUCGCAUGUUUCAAAAGUCAGAAAAUAUAAAAUCAUGUUCAGCAAAAAAAUUCCAUCUCUCCUCUCCUUCAUCUGCCCCGGUUCCCCUCAACACACACACACACACACACGCACACACGCACUUUAUUUUCUUUUUCACUCUUGCAGAGAUUAUGCAAAUGCAAAUACAGAGUCUUUUUACAGAAAAAGUACUAAACUACUGUGUCCCUUGUACCUUUCACUCAACAAUGAAAAUGGAGAGAGGGUUCUGGUUCUUUCCUAUGACCACAUCAUAUCCCGUCGUGUGGGGGUACCAAAUUUAUUCAACCAGUCCUCCGUAGAAAGACAUUUGAAGGUACUGGAGACAACAUUUGAAACCAAAUCUCCCACUGCGAUGCCUGGGUGGCUCAGAUGGUUGAGGAUCUGACUCUUGAUUUCGGUUCAGGUCAUGAUCCCAGGGUCGUGGAAUUGAGUCCCACCAUUAGGCUCCAUGCUGAGUGUGGAGCCUGCUUGAGAUUCUCUCUCUCUCUCUCUCUCUCUCUCUCUCUCUCUCCCACCCAUGCACGCUCUCUCUCUCUCUCUCUCUAAAACUGGAAUUUUUUUUUUAAUUUAAAAAUCUCCCACCAAUCAGAAAAGCUCUCCACAAAAGCGGCAGAGAAAGAAAACAGUUAUAUUACUGAAUAAACAUUAAACCAGACUGUGGCGCACGUCAGACAAUCCGCCGAAGAGAUUGCAAAGGCAGGAACCCCACCCUUUUAUAUCCUCCAGCAGAUACGAGCCUACGACCUCCAUGUUCUCAGACGAUAACUGGUCCUCAAGGAAGGGUACUAGAUGGCCCCCGUUUGUCACAAUUCUUCCUGAAUUCACCUGGCAAUUGGGCUAGCUGUCUUUAUCUGCAGGAGAAAGAAAUUCCUAUCUUGGGGCACCUGGGUGGCUCAGUCGGUUGAGCGUCCGACUUCGGCUCAGGUCACGAUCUCACAGUUUGUGAGUUUGAGCCCCGCGUCGGGCUCUGUGCUGACAGCUCGGAGCCUGGAGCCUGCUUCGGAUUCUGUGUCUCCCUCUCUCUCUGCCCCUCCCCCGCUCGCUCUCUCUCUCUCUCUCUCUCUCUCUCUCUCAAAAAAUGGACAUUAAAAAAUUUUUUUUUUAAUUUCUAUCUUUACAAGAGGAGACAUUUUGCAACCUGGAGCCCAACGCUGAUGUUAGGUUCCUACCCUCCCCCAGAGACUAGGUGAUGGGACACUGACCUUCUGGGUAUGCUCUCCCAUCUGUAAGAAAAGUGAUCCUGGGUGGCAAAACUGGCUAGAGGCUUAUUCAGCUUUUUCAAAGACUUGAGUACACCUAAAAGGAGCAGGGAAAGAAUUUACAAGUUUUCUAGAGUAAAUGCGCUAAGGAAAGGGAGAGGGGGUGUCUCCCUCUUUGGCACGAGGGACAAUUAUUUGUAUUUGCCCUUACAAGGUCAUUCGGGUUGUUUUCAGUUGUUGCCUCCCAGAAAGGAUGUUGGAAUGGAUAAUGAGCAAGGAUAGGAUCUCUCUGUACUGAUGCGGAAAAAUGGUCCAAGAUUAAUUCCGCACACAGAAAGGAGAUGCGGAAGAAUGCGUAGACUACGGAGUUAGCCACGCUAGUACGUUCUGUCUGGGACUAGGUGAGGGGGUAAGUGACCCGGCAUUUGGAAAAGGCACCUCCAUCUGACCCCCCCCCCCAUGGUUUUGCUUUCACCCACCGUUCUUGGAGGUCUUCGGACAUUAGCAGCCUUUAAGUGAAGGUGUGUGAGUCAGCUCCCACAGUCUCCUCUGUACGAUGGGGACAAAUGAGAACAUCUCUCAACCAGGGUUGAGCCGAUAAGUGCGCGUGCUUAGCGCCGCACCCGCAAACAGCAAGCACUCAAUAAAUGCCUCUAGAAGCUCCCACUUUCUGAGCACCUGGGUGGCUCAGUCAGUUAAGCGUCCGACUUCCGCUCAGGUCAUGAUCUCACAACUCCUGAGUUUGAGCCCCACAUCGGGCUCGCUGCUGUCAGUGAGGAGUGCGCUUCGGAUCCUCUGUCCCCCAUCCCUCUCUGCCCCUCCCCUGCUCAAGCACGCUGCUCUCAAAAAUAAAAUAAAAACC